AUGGUAACCCAUGUUUUCAGUCCAAUUGAAUUCUAUGCGUGCCACGUACGUCGAUUACAAGAACGAGACGAACUAAGAGCUCAACUGCAACAGUGUUAUCAUCAUCAAAAUAUGAGCUUGUCAUCGUAUUUGGAAGAUACACCAUGUGUUAUUCAACAUAGAAAUCGUUUCGAACGUGCUAUAAUUAAGCAUCGUGAAGAUGAGACAAAAGUAGCUGUUAAAUGUAUCGAUGGUGGCGAAGAAGUCAUUGUUGAUACGUCCGAAUUAUUGGCUAUCCAGUCACAUCACUGUGAAGUGCCUCGAUUUGCACAACCCUUCCGUUUAUAUGAUUAUGAUGAAUCGAUACGUUGGCCAAUCUGCCGCGCCACCGGCGAAAAAAUUCAAAAAACAUCACAUCGUCGUCGUCUAAGGCGAACAAAUCUUUUUAAAUGUUUCGCCGUCGUCGAUGAGUUAAAAUUUUAG